AUGGUCGUUUUGCCAGGACCCCAGGCCCUGUCGAGCUUUAGAGUGGCCACUUUGGUGAAUAACAUCAACACGUUGGUGAAUUCGUCCGUUGUUAUGAGUGUUAAAUCGUGCCAGAUUCACUAUAUUCAUUGCAAAGAUGAUCUUGAUCCUACUUCUUUUGAAAAGUUGGUGACAUUGCUCAAAUAUGACAAUGAGCUCGACUUCAGCGACCCACUUGUGUCCAAGCUGAGUAAGCUAGUUCAGGUGACUGACAGAGGAGAGGAUUUCAGUCUGCUUCUAUCGCAAGACCAGAACUCUGAUUUGUACCUUAUAAGAGUCCUCCCGAGACCGGGGACCAUUUCGUCGUGGUCCUCUAAGGCUACCAACAUCGUUGAAGUAUGUGGCCUGGGUGACAAGGUCGACAGAGUGGAAAGAGGUUUGGCUAUUCUUUUACAGAUGAGACCAGGCUUUCCGAUUUUGCAGUACUUUGCGAGCGACAAGUAUGCCUGUUUGAGUUCCAUCUAUGACAGAAUGACGCAGUCCCUUUACAUCAACGAGAAUGUGCCGACGUACGACGAUCUUUUCAUGGAGCAUGAACCGAAACCGCUGAAGUACGUGGAUUUGAUUUCUUCCAAGGACAAUCUGCUUUCAGCUAACAAGGAGCUUGGACUGGCUCUUGAUGAGGGCGAGAUUGCGUACUUGAUGAACGCGUUCAAAGAUACAUUGGGAAGAAACCCAACUGACGUUGAGUUGUUCAUGUUCGCUCAGGUUAAUUCGGAACACUGCAGACACAAGAUUUUCAAUGCAGACUGGCGUAUCGACGGACAAAAGAAAGACAUGUCUUUGUUCCAAAUGAUCAGAAACACGCACAAGCUGAAUCCUAAGUAUACCGUUAGCGCUUACAGCGAUAAUGCGGCAAUUUUCCAGGGACCAGAGGCCUACUUCUACGCUCCAGAUGCGUCCAACGGAAAUAAGUGGAGCUCCAAGAAGGAGACUGUUCACACUCUCAUCAAGGUGGAGACCCACAACCACCCUACAGCAGUGUCGCCUUUCCCGGGUGCUGCUACUGGGUCCGGUGGGGAGAUCAGAGACGAAGCUGCUGUCGGCAGAGGUUCCAAGUCGAAGUGCGGACUGUCUGGAUUUUCGGUGUCCGAUCUAAUUAUUCCAACUCUUCGCCAGCCGUGGGAGCUCGAUAUUGGGAAGCCUGGACACAUUGCAUCGUCCUUUGACAUUAUGAUCGAGGCGCCCUUGGGAUCUGCUGCUUUCAACAACGAGUUUGGAAGACCAUGUAUCAACGGGUACUUUAGAACCUUGACCACGAAAGUUGUUAACGGCGACGGCAAGGAGGAGAUUCGCGGGUUCCACAAGCCUAUCAUGAUCGCUGGAGGUAUGGGGGCUGUGAGGCCGGAAUUAGCGCUGAAAUCGGAACACAAGAUCACUCCAGGCUCUGCCAUUAUCGUUCUUGGAGGUCAAUCAAUGCUAAUUGGUCUGGGUGGAGGUGCUGCUUCCUCGGUCGCGUCUGGCGAGGGCAGUGCAGACUUAGACUUUGCUUCGGUCCAAAGGGGCAACCCAGAGAUGCAAAGAAGAGCACAGCAGGUUAUUGAUGCAUGUAAUGCUUUUGGCUCCAACUCUCCUAUCCAGUGUAUCCAUGACGUGGGAGCAGGAGGAUUAUCUAAUGCGCUGCCUGAGCUAGUUCACGACAAUGACCUUGGUGCCAAGUUUGAACUCAGAGAAAUCCUCUCUCUGGAACCAGGGAUGUCGCCUCUUGAGAUCUGGUGUAACGAGUCUCAGGAGAGAUUUGUCUUGGGAGUCAGCCAGCAGGAUUUGCAGUUGUUCAAAAGCAUUUGCGAGAGAGAGAGAUGUCCUUACUCCGUUGUUGGCGUUGCAACCAACGAGAAGAGACUGGUUCUGACAGACAGGCUGCUGGGAACCACUCCCAUUGAUUUGGACAUGAGUCUGUUGUUUGGUAAACCUCCAAAGAUGUCUCGUGAAGAUGUUUCGAAGACACCAAAGCUCGAGCCCGUGUCUAUCCCCUCGGACACUUCUCUCGAUGAGGCUUUGAGCAGAGUGUUGCAGCUGCCCUCUGUGGGAUCCAAGUCGUUCCUGAUAACCAUUGGUGACAGAACGGUCACGGGUUUGGUUGACAGAGACCAGUUCGUUGGUCCAUGGCAGGUACCUGUGGCAGACGUGGGUGUCACAGCCACUUCCCUUGGCGACGAGGUGGUUUCUACGGGUGAGGCGCUAGCAAUGGGCGAAAAGCCUACUUUAGCUCUCAUUUCUGCUGCUGCUUCGGCCAAGAUGUGUGUCGCAGAGUCUCUUUUGAACCUCCUCGCCGCAGAUAUUAAGGAUCUUGAUUUCGUCAAGCUUUCGGCUAACUGGAUGGCCCCUGCAAGCCACCCUGGAGAUGGCGCUGCACUGUAUGAAGCUGUUCAAGCCAUCGGAUUGGAACUCUGUCCUGAACUUGGCUUGUCGGUCCCUGUGGGUAAAGACUCUAUGUCGAUGAAGAUGUCUUGGGAUAAGAAAGAAGUGAUCGCACCUAUGUCGCUGAUCAUUACUGCCUUUGGCGGUGUCGAGAACACCUCUAACACAUGGACACCUGUGCUGCAGAAGGUCGACAACUCUGUGCUUGUGCAGGUGGACCUGGCUGCUCUGGCAACGGCCUCGCUUGGUGGCUCUGCUUUGGCUCAGGUGUAUAACCAAGUUGGUGAUUCGUGUCCAACGGUUCAUGAUGCUCGGCUUCUGAGAAACUUCAUCCAUGCGCUCUUGGCCCUGCACAAGAAGUUUGAGGUUCUUGCCUAUCACGACAAGUCCGACGGCGGGUUAGUCGUCACUUUACUAGAAAUGGCCUUUGCUGCUAGAUGCGGCUUGGAAAUCGAUAUUGCUGACCCCAAGAGAGAUAUUUUUACUUCUCUUUUCAACGAGGAGCUUGGAGCUGUUUUCCAAAUCAAGAGCGAAGAUUACGCAGAGUUUGUGCAAAUUCUUGCCUCCACUGGUGUUCCAGAGUCGACUGUGUCUAUUGUUGGAAAGCCUGUGUUUGGUGCUGAGCAGCAAAUCAGCGUUAUUUACAAUGGAUCGACUGUACUAAAGAAGUCUCGAGGCGCACUGCAACAAACAUGGUCUUUGACCUCGUACCACAUGCAAAGACUGAGAGACAACCCGCAAACUGCCGACCAGGAGUUCCAAUCAAUUCUGGACAACCAGGACCCGGGUCUCACUUAUAAGCUGACUUUCGAUCCCGCGGACGAUCUCAUGCUUUCCUCUGUGACCAGUCGUCCAAAAGUGGCCAUCUUGAGAGAACAGGGUGUUAACGGUCAACAAGAAAUGGCCUGGUGCUUCCAGCAGGCCGGCUUCGACUCAAUAGACCUUCACAUGACCGAUAUCAUUUCCGGAAGAGUGACCUUGGACAGCUUUGUAGGAAUUGCUGCCUGCGGAGGAUUCUCGUACGGUGAUGUCCUGGGAGCUGGUAACGGUUGGGCUACAUCUGUCCUUUACAACGAGCAUGCGAGAGCCGAGUUCUACAAAUUUUUCCAGGAGAGAACUGACACUUUUGCUUUCGGAGCGUGUAACGGUUGCCAAUUCCUGUCCAAGAUCAAGGAACUUAUUCCAGGCACUGAAUAUUGGCCAUCUUUUGAAAGAAACAAGUCUGAGCAGUACGAAGCCAGAGUUUGCACGAUUGAGAUUAUAGAAGAGAAUACCGAAAACCCACUGAUAUUCUUUGAUGGCAUGCGUGGAUCGAGGAUUCCGAUUGCCGUUGCUCACGGAGAGGGACGGGCUUACUUUGGUAAUGCAGAGGCAAACCUAGGAAAAUUUGUCGAUCAGGGUCUGGUUGCCGCAAGAUACGUCGAUAAUUAUGGCCUUCCGACCGAGAAGUAUCCGUUCAAUCCAAACGGUUCGCCAAACGGAAUUACUGGUGUCCGCACUCCAAACGGCAGAGUUCUGGCUAUGAUGCCUCAUCCAGAAAGAGUUUGCAGACUAGAAGCGAACUCAUACUAUCCAGCCGCUGAAGCUGCCAGCUGGGGGGGUUAUGGGCCAUGGAUAAGAAUCUUCAGGAACGCCAGAAGAUGGGUUGCUAGUAAUGAAUAG